AUGCUGUUGGAUUCCAAUAAUACAAUUCCUAAAGCAGAAGCUCACAACUCAUUCAUCACCAUCUUAUCCAAUGAAGAUUGCUACGAUGUCCAUUAUUAUCCCAAUCAUCUCAAAUGCACCUUCGUGCUCGACAAUUCCGAAUCAUGUGGAUCAAGAGAAACAUUUAUAAGGUACACAUCGCAAAUUUAUUGCUUUGCAGUACUAUCGGCUAGCUUGCACUCUGUCUGUGCGAUAAUUUUCAUGAUUCUCGAGCUUGUAAUACUCUUCCUCCUCAUAGGCCUCAUUGCCGACCGAUUCUUCUUUCCCGUGAUCAACAUUGUCGCCUUCCGGAUGGGCCUUAGCGAGUCACUGGCGGGAAUAACUCUCAUCGCUAUUGGAUCCGGACUUCCGGCUCUUUUCGACAUCUUCCUGGACGAUUUCUCAGAGAAUGUGGACACGAUUGUUGAGGAAAUACUGGGAUUUACGAUCUUUAGUGUGGCAGUUAUUCCAGCCUGCAUUGUGAUCCUCAAGCCCUUUUGUGUGAUCAGUCGCCAAUAUCACAGAGAUACAGUGUCACUGAUUUUCAGCGUAUCUCUCAUUGCGAUCAUCGUGAUGGACAGGAAGUUCUCGAUGUUCGAGGGGAUUUCACUCUAUGCUGUCUACAUUAUUUACCUGACUGUGGUAAUUGGGGAUCAUUUCUAUCAGAUACACAAAGCAAAGAAAAAGGAACUACAACGAGAAAGUGAAGAACCUCCUUCAGAUGCUGAAACUGGCGAAGAAGCUAUAGCGAUGGAGGCAGAGGCUGUGGUGAGACGUCAUAAAAGGAAGCACACGGGAUGGAAGAAAAUGAAUAAUAAGGAGCUUUUUCAGAAUUUUCUGGAACACAUCACUCCACUAGAUGAGGAGAUCUUUGCAUUAUCGUCCUCAUGGUAUGAAAGAUUCUUGGAAAUCUUCCAAUCCCCUCUACUCUUCAUUCUGAUUUUCACCAUCCCAAGUGUUGACUACUCCAUUUCGACGAAGAAAUGGUGCAAAUUGCUGAAUGUGAUACAUUUGUCAGAUGUGGAACUGUAUGGGGUACAAUUGUGGUUGAUCGUCUUGGGUAUUGGAUUAAUUGCCAGUGUGAUCGUCUUUAUAACGUCCGUGGUUGAGACUGAACCGCAAUAUCAUGCAAUCUACGUCGCAAUGAGUUUAUUGGGCUCCAUGAUUGGACUGCACUUCAUCUCUGAGGAGAUCGAUAGUAUUCUCUUCACUCUUGGCGUAGUCUCGAAGAUCUCCAUGGGCACACUGAAGCUCACUGUCUUGGCAUGGGGAGGAUCAGCCACGGAAUUGGUGUCCAGUCUGGCGCUGACGAAGAAAGGAUAUCACCGAACGGGAUUCGCCACGGCUUAUGGAGUGCCCAUGUUUUAUCUCUUGGUUUUCACACCUACGACUUUUAUAUAUGAAAUGAUCAGCAACGGAGAAACAAGCACUCCCUGCAAGUUUGGCCACAUGGGAGUCACAGUGACCAUCUUUCUGGUCAUGAUUUUGGCUCUUCAGAUGAUUGCAAUCACUCUGGCCGGAAAUUGUGCCAGAAGAAGUGCUGGAAUUUAUACUAUAAUGGUCUAUGGAAUCUUUCUGUUGUUCUGCAUUCUUGCCGAAGGGGAAAUAAUUCACGAUUACGGAACAAAUCAUGAGGAUCUCAAGACAUAUUACUCCCAGGAUACUCCAAAUCUUAGCAGAAGUAAAGCUUUUUCACAUGGUGACAAUUGAAAGCAGGAUUAAAACACAUU